AAAACUUAAAACAGAAAGUUGGAGAGGGCAAAAAUCAAACCAUGGAUUCUUACAGACCGCACCAGCAGCAGUACAUGAGGGCGCCACCGCCACCGCCGCCACCGGCCACGUCGGAUCCCUACCACUACCAGCACCAACCACCACCACCGCCAAGACCGCCACUCCCUCAGCAGCAGCAAGGCACGUGGUACUCGAACCCGAACCAAAACCAGUACCACUCGGUACAGUCCCCGUCGCCUCCUCCUGCUCCGCAGCAGUGGGGUCCGCCACUUCACGCCGACCACCUCCCUCCCCCGCCGGGGUCUUAUGCUCCGCCGCCGCCUCCUCCUUAUUCCGCGCUUCAUUAUCGCCCUCACGGACCUCCUCAGCUACCUCCUCCACCUCCUCAGUCCUAUCAUCCUCAGCAGCUCAAUCAGGAGUGGGCAGCUCAGAAUCGGCCGAGUAACCAAGGUUGGGAUUAUCCAGUUCAUAACAAUGAACAAGAUUGGGCAGCCAAGGCUAGGGCAUGGGCAGCUAGGACGGCAAUGGAGAAUCAGGAUCAGCAACCCCAGUUUACUCCAGCCGGCAGACCAGAAGAACAAACUCAUUAUCAUGAGCAGUAUCCUCAAAGUCAGCACCAGUCUCUUUCUGCAUCUAGCUAUCAACAGGUUCUGGUUUCAGGGUCACCACUGCAGCACCGGCCACAUCCUCAGGACAUGAACUUUAUCGGCUCCGAACCAUCUCCAUAUGGACAUCAUACUGUCGGAUCUGCAAUUCCGUCUGUUCAUCAGCAGGAGGUACCUUCUAGUUAUUCUUCUGUUCCAGGCAAUGACACUUCUGCAGAAGUGAAUGAGCACUCUUACAACUUGUUACCUAUGCGAUAUUCCUCAGGUCAGGACGGACAGCAUAUGCAACAAUCUCAUGCAGUACCAUAUGGAUAUGGUAGUCAUUCUGCAGAUCCAGCAAUCAAUCUUGCCGACCAGCCUUUAGAAUUUGCAUCUGGGUUUAAUUCUGAUCAUCUGGCUCAAGCAUCUAGAUAUCCUCAUCAUGAUUCCGUUGGAAGUAUAAGAGGUGUGGACCCUUCCACAACAGUUACUUCCAUUAAUUCUUGGAAUGUUUCUGUUGCACCUGGUGUGGUAUACCCUCCUACUGUUCCAAUUCUACCAUCAGGACCACAGCAUGAUCCUUCUAUGAUGAUACCCUCACCAGUUCAUGGAAAUGCUCCACAUUCAUUCAGUAGUUUUCCUGGAUUGAGCCUCCAGCCAACAGUUCCAACCACUGGUCCUCCCUUUGGUAUCACUGCUGGUCAUCCUACUGUGGCCUUCCCAGGUGAUGCAUAUGGAGUUUCUAUGAUUUCUGAUCGCCCAAAGAAGGCUCCAGUGCCUAAUUGGCUUCGAGAGGAAAUUAUGAAAGUAAGCAUCACAAAUACGACCAUGGACCAUAUCAAGGAGGAAACACAAUCUGUUGAGGAUGAAGGUGUUGACAGAUCUUUUGGGAAGGGUGAUCAAGCUGAUAGCAAAAGCAUUGAUUCUUCUAGAUCAAUUGAAGAGGAGGAUGAUGAGGAUGAGGUGGAGGCAGCUCGGACUGCAGCGAUUAACAAGGAAAUAAAGCGUAUACUAACUGACAUUCUCGCAACGGUUACUGAUGAGCUCUUUGAUGAAAUUGCAACAAAAGUUCUUAGCGAAGAUGAUCAAACAUCUGCAGUUGGACUAGGCAAACUCCCAUCAAACCAUAAGGUGUUGCCACCUUCCCCAGCAGUUUCAGCUACCAAGGCUUCUGCAAAGCUUCUAAUUCCAGCCAAGACUAGGGAAUCUGAGACUGAUGCCAGUGAAAAAUCUAGCUCCCGUACACCCGGUGAUAUAUUGGGUCUUGCAAGUUAUGCCACUGAUGAUGAUGACGAUGAUGACGACAAUGGAAGUGGUGAAAUUCCGAGUGCUGGUGAGCCAAAAUCUGGAAAAGAUCGGUUUACUGUUAGAAACCCUCAUGAGUCAAAUGAUGCCACUAUAAAUGGCAAUUCUCCAGUAGAGCUUGAAGAGCACAGGAGAAGCCGGAUAAGUUUGCCAAAUGAUCUGAGCAAGAGUGAUAUUAUUCAUAAUAGAAAGAAGAGUGAGGAAAGUAAUGUUGAUACAUAUCUGCAAGAUUUCACUACUACAGAACCUGAACUGCCUAAGGAAAAUGUUAAUGUCUUAAAGACAGCAAAAGAUGACCCACAAAGUAGGGAGUCCAGGAUGAAACCAGAUAAACAUGUUCGACAUGAGAGUAAAAGGAGUUCUGUGGAAGAAAAUAAGGAGGUAGAGAGUGGUAAGAUUAGGACAGUGGAGAAGGAUGAUGAGAAUCGUAGGAGGCACGAUGAGAGGUCUCUGAGAAAGGAAAGGACAGAUGUUCGCAAUGGUUCAAAAGAAAGGAUCAAAGACCAAUAUCUGAAGUCUGGAGAUAAAGCAGAGGGAUCUGAUUCAAGAAAGAGGUACUCCCACGAGGAGGAGAAAAGAGAAAAGGAUAGACUCCAUAGAGAUAGUUCUAAAGAAGAUGUGAGCAGAAAAAGAGAACGAACAAAAAGUAAGGAGGAUGAUGGAUCAAGACGUAAACAUUCUACUGACUCAAGCAGACACAAGAGAAGACGCUCAUCUUCUAUCGAUAGCAAGAACAACUCGGUAAAUCAUGCCAAUCAUUCAAGUGAUGAAUCUUCUGAAGGUUCUAAAAGGAAGUUACAGUCAAGGAGACAUCACUCAUCACCUUCACCCGUCAGAUCUAGGAGAAGACAAGUUUCGCGGUCUCCACAUAGCAAGCAUUCUCAGCGCAGGCAUUCUCCCUACUCUUCUCUUGAUAGAAACAGGGGGAAAGGGUCAAGAUCCAGAUCACCUGCAAUUCGAGGUGGAGUCUCGGGUUUAUGGUCAGUUUGGCUAUGUGGGUUUGCGUUGAUUUGUCUCUCCUUCUAUGCCACGCAGAGGCUGCCUUCCUUCAGCGAUCAGAGGCUAACUUUCGGUCAACGAGAUGCCGGCGUUCCAGAGACGCCAAGAAUUGUUAUAUUUUCGGCGCCGAGGCCGUUUAGUGGUUCUGUUGGGGAUAGGCAGAGUCUGGCUCUUCGUUCUUGGCUAGCUUUGUCACCGGAGAUUAGAGUUGUGCUUUUCAGCAAAGACCCUUCUGUUGUUUCUUUUGCUGGAGGGUUUGGUUCUCGGGUUGUGGUGGAUCCUAACAUUGAUUUCACGUUUCUCGGUACCCCAUUUUUUCAUUCGAUGAUGGCAAGAACAUGGUCUCUUGCACCAGACAUAUCUGUUUUGGUUGAUCCGGAAACAAUUGUUUUACCUGAUUUCAUUCCCACCCUGAAUUAUGCUUACAAUCUUGAUGAUGAUUGGCUUCUAGUUGCUUCAUCACAAAAUGUGUCCUACUUCCCUUUCUACUUGGAUGAGGAUGGAAAGCAGUGGCGAAGGGAGGAUGGCAAAUUGAUGAGAACACGUAAGUUGCAGGAGAUAAUUGGUCAGAACUGGCAGCGGACUCCCUGUGAAGAGAAACUGCUUAUGGCAUGGAAUAGUGGAGAUCUUGCCCUAUAUUCUGGAGUCCUUCCUCCAUUUUUGUAUGGUAGGGGGGUGCACAAUAGUUGGGUGAUUAAUGAGGCUUUGUCAUCGGAGCUUAGGUUUGUGUUUGAUGCCAGUUGGACAAUCUCAAGCUUAUAUAUAAUUGGUCAGGAGAAGCUGAAUAACUGGAGUAUUGGAGCUUCCAAUGCUUCAAUUUUUGAAAGGAGAAGCUGGGAAUAUGCUGGAAACUCUCACAUUGGAGCAUUGUAUGGAUCAUUGUCUCAUCGUGAAACUAAUUAUUCUAGUCUAGUCAAACUUUUGAAAUGCAACAGCCAAUAUAUCUUUGUCAACAAAACAGAUAAUAUUUGUUCGUCUGCAUACCGACGUGCUGGCUUGGGUUCCUGGUGGAAGAAGAAAAGUUUAGCUUGGGUUGAGGGUGUUAACUCACAAGGCAAGUUAUUGGAUUGCACUCAUAUGGUUCCUACAAAGCAUUCAAAAUCAUUUGACUAUCCAUUUUCCUUGGAGACACUUUUAGCAUUAAAUGCAGACAAAAAUAAGACAAUUGUGCUUGCUGCUGCUGGAUAUAGUUAUAAGGACAUGCUAAUGAGCUGGGUGUGUCGAAUGCGUCACCUACAGAUCACAAAUUUUAUCAUUUGUGCCCUUGACCAAGAGAUCUACGAAUUCUCUAUCUUGAUGGGUCUGCCUGUGUUCAGGGAUCCAGUUGCUCCAAGUGAGAUCAGCUUCAAUGAUUGCCACUUCGGAACAAAAUGUUUUCAGAAGGUGACCAAAGUGAAGUCCAGAAUGGUUUUAAAGAUACUGAAGAUGGGUUACAGUGUACUUCUUAGUGAUGUGGAUGUUUAUUGGUUUGGAAAUCCAUUGCCAUUGCUCUGGUCUUUUGGUCCUGCUGUUCUGGCAGCUCAGUCGGAUGAAUUCAACAAAACAGGACCAAUUAACCUACCCAGGCGCUUAAAUUCUGGCUUCUACUUCGCCCGUUCAGAUACUUCGACAAUUGCUGCUAUGCAGAAAGUGGUAGCACAUGCUGCAACUUCAGGUUUAUCUGAACAGCCAAGCUUCUAUGACACACUAUGUGGAGAAGGGGGCUCCAAUCGUGUGGGUAACAAUAGAUGCUUAGAACCUGAAAUGAAUCUGACUGUCCAUUUUUUGGACAGAGAUAUCUUCCCAAAUGGGGCAUACCGAGGCCUAUGGGACAGAAAAAAUGUUAGAAAAGCCUGUGCGAAGCAGGGAUGUUUGGUACUCCAUAACAAUUGGAUCAGUGGCAGACUGAAGAAGCUAGAAAGACAAGUGUUAUCUGGAUUAUGGGACUUUGAUACUAGCACGAGGAUUUGUCAGGCACAACACACUGAUACACACUGAUGCAACAGCCGGCCACGAUGGUAAAUGCGUAAUAAUAUCAAAUCAUCUGUAAAUGCUCAUCAAUCCACAAAAGUGGACUAUGCUGAAACAUUUUCGAUUGCGGUUAUGCUAAAGAUGUGCAUGCAGUUGUUAGGGCUAGUUCGGCAUUCUGAAAGUGAAACUGAGAGAAACAAGCUUCUGCUUCCUUUUCAUUGGACUACAGUACGGUCAAAAAAAUUCUUGUGAGGAUAGUUCAUGUAGUUGGCCAAAAGAGCUGUUCCAAAUGCAGAUGUCGCAUCUGUGCUGAUGGAUAAAUAUCCUGGGAAAUGUGUUGCCCGCCCAGAUUUUUCCAAAAAGCCUCAAGAGUCCCUUUUAAGGCCAGAGGAAAGCCUUUUGCUGGUCAGGAGUAUCAUAAAAUACCAUGUACAACAGAGCAGAAAUUUCAGCGUAAAUAGCAUAAUAAGGUGAAGACCAAAGAACCUGCUGAAGAUGAAGAGGUGAUUUUGGGUGAAAAGAUCAAUACAGAUUUGGAAGGGGAAGACACCAAUGGGAGGGGAAUUAGAGGAAAGAAGCCAUUUGUACCUCCCCUCCCAAAGGUCAGAUCAGGUAGAGGAUUUGGAUGGGAGCGUAGUCUCACUUAUGUACAAGAAGUCUCUCCAUGACAUUCUGUAUGUUAGCAAUCUGGCUUUAAUAUUCUGGUACGUCAGUGAAUUGCUAUUUCAGAUAAAGUUUGAGAAAUGCAUUGAAGCU